AUGCCGGCCGGCCAUGGACUUCGAUCUCGUACCAGAGACCUCUUCGCCAGGCCUUUCAGGAAGAAGGGUUAUAUUGCUUUGACUACCUACUUGAGGACAUACAAAAUUGGCGAUUAUGUCGAUAUCAAGGUGAACGGCGCCGUCCACAAGGGUAUGCCUCAUAAAUUUUACCAUGGUCGCACAGGUCGCGUAUGGAAUGUUACAAAGCGCGCCAUCGGUGUCGAGAUCAACAAGCAGGUGGGGAACAGAAUUAUUAAGAAGAGAAUUCAUGUCCGAGUCGAGCACGUGCAGCCUUCUCGAUGCACCGAGGAAUUCCGUUUGAGGAAGGUGAAGAAUGACGAGCUGAAGGCCGAAGCCAAGGCCAAAGGUGUAGUCAUUUGCACCAAGAGGCAACCGGAAGGCCCCAAACCAGGGUUCAUGGUUGAAGGUGCUUUAAUGGAGACUGUGACUCCCAUUCCAUACGAUGUGGUUAAUGAUCUCAAGGGCGGCUAUUAGAAUUUUCUCCUCUUUGAACUUUUGCCUUGUUUCGUCAGUCUUUUUUUUGUUUGAUCUUUGAACUGCUUGAAUAGUACAAUUUUCUCAUUAUGCUUCUAAAUUUUGGAUACCAAACUUAUGGAAUUGAAUUGUUUCUUA